UGAUUUGGGGAUGAGGAACUGGUUUAGUAUGAAAUAACUGCUCCACAUUUUCUCAGAGCAAAAGACUUCAACCAUGGCUUCUGCUAGCCAGAUAGCUCAGCAAAAGUCUUCUCCAACUGCACCACAUUUUUUCAAGAUUAUUUUUGAUGAAACUCUUGGCCACACCAAGUUAGUAAGUGUGCUAUGUACUCGUACUCUCUCUGCUUCAACAGUACAUAUUUUUCAUCUGUGAUUUUUGUAUGCACUUCAACUAUGAUUUCUGGUAUCUUUACCUAAGUUUGAGGAUGGAAUAUAUUAUCUUUGUUUUCAUUCUCUCUACAUUCGAGUUCUCAACUCUGUUCUUUUUGCACCAAGUUUGUCUAAAAUGUCUACAUUCAUAAAAUCUAGCUUGAAACUAUUGUCUAUGUAUCAAAUAUACAAGGAUGACAUGUUCUAGCGAGUCUAUUGAUGAUAUGUAGAUUUAUAAUUUAUUAAGUUCAUAGACUCUGCAACAUGAAGUUUGUAAAGCUUUACCAUGAUAUUUAUUGUUUGCAACCAUAGACUUUAUCAAAUUUCCAGAACUGAAGAUGACUUUUGAUUUUUGUAGUGUAGUCUUGGCCUGCACUCAUGUAGUUAUGUUUCUCUAACAUGAACUCUUCACUUCAGUGGUAGCUUAUUUUCCAUUUUAUUUUGAUUUUCCCUUGUGCAGCAAAUUCCUAAGACAUUUUGGAUGAAAUACUGUGGUUCCUUGUCGAGUCAAGUAAUUCUUAAUCUUCCAUGUGGAUCAAGAUGGGAGAUAGGAUUGACAAAAAGCAGUGAUGGAAAAGUAUGGUUAGAAAAAGGUUGGAAUAAAUUUGCACAACAUUUCUCUUUAAGCAGAGGAAAUCUGUUGGUUUUCAGAUAUGAAAGGAAAGAGUUCCAUGUGAUUAUAUGUGGAAUGACUACUGUAGAAAUAGAUUAUCCUUCUACUAAAGUCUUGGAUAACAUUCCAUUGCAUCCUAAAACAAGGGUGAAACCUCCAUUACCAUGUUCUCAGCUCCACAAGAAAAUGCAACAAAGUGGUCUCGGUAAAGCAAGCGCAUCAAUCAAAGUAGAAUCAGUUGACACUAUAGCUGUUGAAAGAGCCAACGACUAUUUUCAGUCUGAAUAUCCUUUCUUUACUGUUAUUAUGAAAGCAUCAUAUACAACUGGUCGGCAUUAUUUCCAUAUACCAUGCUGGUUUGCACAAACAUACAUUAAGAAGAAAGAAUGCGAAGCUAGCCUGGCUAGCCUUUGGAUUUCAGAUGAUAAAUCUUGGCCUGUUCAUUACAAAGUUCGAUUUUCAAGUGGAUCGACAGUAGCUGUACUCAUACAUGGAUGGAAAGCAUUUGUGCUGGAAAACAACUUAAAAGCGGGGUCUAUUUGCAAAUUUGAACUAACUAAUAAUGUCAAUGAUGUUUCGUUUAGAGUUUCGAUUGUUAAGCCUGAUGAUGGUGCAUAUAAUUACUUAGCUACCAAAUUAGCAAGUACAUCAAAACAAAAUGUGAAACAUUAUACUUCUUCUACCAAGAAUGACAGAAGGAACAUGAUUCCACAGAACAUAUUUUCAGAGAGAGAAGAGAAAAAUGUUGCUAAACUUUCAGGCAAUCAAAGCACUUGUAAUAUGCCUCCAUCUUCAGAAAAUCCCAGCUUCCAAGUGGCUUUGCAAUCAAAUCGCUCUCAUAAUUUGCUUAUUCCAUUGACUUUUGCAAGGCAUUAUCUUGGAAUUAAAGAGGCACAAAUUAUGACUCUCUGGGUUGGUGAGAAAUAUUGGCAUGUGAAGUUGUUAGCUUAUAGAUCAAAAUAUGAGUUUUCUGCUGGAUUUGCUGCAUUUGCAAGAGCGAAUUCUCUAAAGCUCGGGGAUAUCUGUGUCUUUCAGCUGAUUAAGAGAAAUCAAACUGAGAUGAAAGUUUCCAUAAUUAGACGAAAUAUGAAAUUACUACUUCCCAAUUAAUAUGUAAUGUGAAAGUUUGCUACUUGUGUUGUAAUUAAACUACUUAGAUUUAUAUUUCAUUAUUAUUGUAGUUUUUGCAACAAUAUUAUUGUGUACCAGUACUAUUAUUAAGCAAAAUGACAAUUUUUAUAUUUUGUAGGU